UCAGGACCCGUCCGCUCGCUAGACCCAUAAUUCCCCGCGCCAAGACAAGAUGGAAGAAAGCAGGGGCCCCAAGACAACAAUGUUUUGGCUAUAAAACCUAAAAAGAACGAGAAAGGGAAGAAAAUACGAACGUUUAAUGCAAAUAGCGGUCAUGUGUAGGACAUCCCCACCUGGCCCCAUUUAGUGUUUCCCCUUUCUACACGUGCUGACCAACCAUGAGUAUUAUCCAAGACAAGCUAGGCAACGAGUUUCUGCGAGGCAAUGGGGGCAUGGACCCAAACUUUGCCCCCGGCAUGCUCAUGUUCAGCCACCUGCCGCCCGUCACCAGCUUCACCCGCCUGGCCUCGCAGUCGGUCAUGGGGGGCGACCUGCCACAGGAGAUGAUCCUGAAGAAGGAGCGCGACUCGCCACCCAACGCCCACGGCUUCCUCCACGGCAUGGGCAUUAAGCAAGAGCGGAUGAGCGAGCUGGACUACCGCAUGCCCCUUUAUAGCGGAGCUGGCGGGGGAGGAGGAGGGCUGGGUGGCAGCUGUGGCGGAGGGGGUGUGGGGAAGGGCAAUGAGAUGCUGGAGAUGCAGUUUGGUGGAGGCCACCACCACAACCAUCAGAACAUGCUUCUGCACGACCUCAGCCUUGGCAAUGUCCGAAUGGGAGAGCCGAUGUCUGGAAGACCAGAGAAAGGGCCGAAAGAGACGUCGGGAAGAAGACGGAAGAGCAACAGUGAUGGGGAGGGGAAAGCCAGAAGAAAACGUGGAGAACCCAAGGCCAUGAUGUUGGAUGGCGAGGGGACCGGCCUUUCUCCCAACUCCAAACCGCACAUCUGCGAGCACUGCAACGCUGCCUUCCGCAGCUCCUACCACCUCCGCAGACACGUGCUCAUCCACACAGAUCGCACAGGUGAGAGGCCUUUCCGGUGCAGUCAGUGUAACAUGAGCUUUAUCCAGAAGUACCUGCUGCAGCGGCACGAAAAGAUCCACAGUGGAGAGAAGCCCUUCAGCUGUGACCAGUGUAACAUGUGCUUCAUCCAGAAGUACCACAUGGAGCGACACAAGAGGACCCACAGCGGAGAGAAGCCAUACAGAUGUGACACCUGCCAACAGUUUUUCUCGAGGACAGACCGGUUACUGAAGCACAAGCGGACCUGCGGAGAAGCCAUAAAGAAGGGCCCGGACCCCAGCAUGUUGGAGCUUGCCCACGGGGACAUGGGCCAGGGCAACUACUCACUCACUCAGGGAAACGCUACCGCCACCUCUGCAUGCAAGAGGGGCAAGUCCAAAAACGCAGGCGAGGGCGGUGAUCGUAAGCGUAAGAAGGCUGCUGCCACCACCGCGUCGUCCGGUGGCCUGCAGGACUACGGAAUGGAGUGUUCCGACCCCAGCCUGCAGGGCCGCACACCCAAGCUGGUGUUCAAGAAGGCUAAGAAGGGCCUCGUCCCCAUGGAGGACGGGGGGCAAAAGCUGUUGUCUCAGAAGCAGGGCUCCAUGGAGCUGGCGGGGGGCUCAGGGCUAGAUGCUAUGGUCCUCCUCCAGGGCUGCUCCAGCGGAGGGGCAAAACGAGGCCCAUCAGCCACAAGCAACAACUACGAUGACGCCAUGCAGUUUGUGAAGAAGCGGCGCUACCUCCAACACGUGGCCAGCAACGACUAUGCAGCGUCCUCCCUCCACAUGAGCCAGACCCAUGCCGGCAGCGUGAUCCAAGGCUCGCUGGGACACCAUAACGAGCCCACCCUCACAAUGCUGGACACUUCGCCCCUGGACCUCAAGCACCACGACAAGUCAGUCAUCCCGGACGAAGUGCUCCAGAGCCUGCUGGACCACUACAGCCACAAGUCGGAUGGCACGCACCACCACCACCACGACGUGACCUUUGACCUCUCGGACCACAGCGUCCCGCACCACGUGACCCUGCAGCCAGCGGCCCCUGUCACCCCAGAGCUGGACGACGACUCGCCCAGCGGCGGCGACAAGCAGGUGGUCAUGAGUGAGUACUCCAAGUUCCUUCUGCAGGCCCUGGAGCGCACCAGCCACAGCGGGCCCUUCUCCACGCUGGGACCCAGCGGGCCCUUCCCUUUGCUCUCCAGCCCUACGGGGCCCCUCUUCUCCGAUAAGCAUGUCUACACUACGUCUCCGCUGGAGUGCGGCUACCCGCCCGCCGACUCCUCGCCACUGCCCAUACCCUCCAUCUCUUCUUCUUCCUCCUCCUUGUCUUCCUCUAAGUCCCACUACAGCAUGGUGGUGGGCUCCCCCUCCCAGCCGGCCUUCCACCUCAGUGGCCUGGAGGCGGCUGGCCACCAGCAGCUCAUCCCCUCUCAGGAGCUCACAGAGCAGCUGGAGAAGCAGCACCACUCCCCUGCGUUCCAGCUCACGCCCCAGGAGCUGACGGCCACCGGUGGAGCCCCCAAGGAGCAGGGGGCCAAGGGCAACGGGAGAAACGGCAGCUACUCCGACCUGGACACGCCCAAGGAAAUGGACCUGCGGGCCACCUACCAGAUCGAGAACUUCGCCCAGGCCUUUGGUUCCCAAUUUAAGUCGGGCCGCCGCACCCCGCUGGGCUACGGCACUGGCGCCGAGGUCGACCACCGAAUACGAACUCCCGUGUCAGAAUUCUCAGGGUAUACCAGUUUGUUAGCUGACGUCAGCGAGCCAGUAAGUACAGGAUCGAAAACCCCAACAAGCCAAAGUUUCAGGUAAGGGUUAAAACGAGGUGAACCUAGUUGCGGGUCUUGUGUUUUUCUUUGUGUCCCUAUACCCUUCUACAUUUUGUUCUUGUAGCGAGGUCAAUUUAUUUUUUAAACACUGCCAUUAAAUGUUGAUAACGAGAACUCUACCAGGGGAAGGUCUUCAAGGCCUCAAAUGCAAUUUUUUAUAUUCAUUUUUUUUUUAAAUCUGUAUUUUGUCUUUAUUUUGUUAGCGUAGUUGGUAUGAUAUGAACGUAAACGUAGAUUUUAAUGUAAUUUAAACUGAAAAAUUAGGGGUUAGCUAAGCUUGAUGAUUUUUCUUUGAACUCUUGUUUUACCAAUCAUCAUACAGUUGUAAAGUAAUGAUGAAUGAUGUUAAUAAUUUCAAUAAUAUUACGUUUGUGGCAGGGAAAGGCCCAGAAUUCAAAUGGCAAAAAAAGUUCUAUAUUGUCUGUUACUAGAAUCGUAUUACUCAGGUAUUAAGGCAAAAUUGUGUAAUAAUAAUAAAAACUUUGUAUUAUGAGAUGCAAUUAGCACACUUUUUUAAGUGUGCUUUGAGACUACAAAGCUUUGUUACUGUUAUUUAUCCCUCGAGGAGCGGGGGAACAAAAAGACAAAACAAUUUCAGCGGAUCUUCCUGUUCAGUUUUCUUCGCCAUUGAACAACCCUUUCCUCUACGUGUAGCUGUGUAGAGAUUACGGUACUUCUGUGUCAAUGUGAAAAUGACCGUUCCCAUUUCCUCCCCGUAAAGGGCCACAUGUAAAACACACGCCGACGUGGAUAUUUAUACACUCAAGAACUCGUAGUGCACACAGUCCAGGCUCAACGGAAAGAGGUUUCAAUCCGCAGACCUUUUUUGUUUAUAAACCGUGUCAAGUGAUGUUUGUCUAGGCCAUGCACCUUUUGGAUGGCCCCUUCAGUGGCCCGUGACAAGGAAAUGUGCUGGCCCCGUUGGCGACGUUUCAACAACUGUUGUCGCUCAUUUUUACUGGGUUCCACUCCACUCCUGGCUGUUAACUUCUUCUUUUUUGUCAGUGGAAAUCAAACAAGCACUUUGAAAAACAAAAUUGUCAUUGAAAACUGAAAACAUCCCAACUCAAUUAAGGAUGUGCAAAACCAAGUGAUUAUUUUUUAUUUUAUUAGAGGAGAGAACUGUGAACGGGGGUGGGUGGGAUAGGGUGGUUUGUUGUUCUGUAGGGAGGGUUAGAAUGGGGUUGAAUAGAUGUAUUUUUGUUUGUAUUUUUUUGACGGUUUGGUCAAGGGGAAGGGUUGUACAAAUGAUUUGCCAUUACUGUAUGUAACCCAAUGUUCUGAGAAGAUCUCUGUAUUGAUACCGAACAAAAAUAUAAACAACAUGCAACAAUUUCAAAGAUUUGACUGAGUUACAGUUCAUAUAAGGAAAUAAGUCAAUUGAAAUGUAUUCAUUAGGCCCUAAUCUAUAGAUUUCACAUGACUGGCCAGGGGUACAGUUAUGGGUGGGCAUAGGCCCACCUACUGGGGAGCCAGGCCCAGCCAAUCAGAAUGAGUUUUUUCCCCCACAGAAGGGCCUUAUUAUUUUUGGUUCCCGAGUGGCGCAGUGCAUUGCAUCUCAGUGCAAGAGGUGUCACUGCAGUACCUGGUGAUUGGGAGUCUCAUAGGGCGGCGCACAAUUGGCCCAGCGUCAUCCAGGGUAGGCCGUCAUUUUAAAUAAGAAUUUGUUCUUAACUGACUUGCCUAGUUAAAGGUUAAAUAAAUAAUAUUACAUUACAUACCAAAAUACUGCUCAGCGCAAAUUAAAGAAUUAAGCUUUUUGUGUGUAUGGAACAUUUCUGGGGUUUAUUAUUUCAGGUCAUGAAACGUGGGACCAACACAUGUUGCGUUUUAUAUUUUUGUUCGGUGUAAGUUUCGAGAGGGGGCAGAUAAUAUGCUGCAACACUUCCCACUGAUGUACUAAGACUC